UGUGAGCAUUUUAGUUUAAUUAAAAGUUGCCUGUUACUACAUGCUGAACCAUGGAUGUGAAUAGAUUAAUUAGUAUUUGAGGAAGUGGUAAACUGACAAGGCUAGCAGUCGUUGAUGCUAUGAUAUCAUUUCAAUGAGCUACUUUAAAGCAGAGGAGAAAAGAGUUGUUUUCCUUCUUGUGAGAAACAAUUGUGCUGAAUUUGAAGGCUAAGUACUGAAACAAUUUAAAUGUCUUUACAAGCUGCAGUGGAUAUAGCUUCUAUUUUUGGCAAGAGCUCCAUUUUGAAUACUCCCUGUAUUUAUUUGUCAUGAUACAUACUGCAGAUACGUGGACUGAAUCUGAAUCUGAAAUAUCCUAAAUGUUACAGUGUGUCACGAAGAUGGGAUAACUGGAUAAUGUCCAAUAUAUAAGACUCAUUUUCAGUUGUUUUUGGAAUCUUCAGACUAUGCCCUUUGAACUCGAAUGGCUGUACUUACAGAGACUUUUGUUUAGCAACCUUGAUUGAAAAAUAACUUUUAUUGCACAGGUGAAGCUGUCAUUCCUACUUUAAUAUGCCGAACUUAGUAAAGAAAGAAAGUAUAGUCUGCAAAUAUUUAGCUUUUGGGGACAAGGGUUUGUGACCUGUGGAUGCCAGAAUCAAGGUUACUAAAUACAUUUUAUGGGUAUUUAGAAUAAAAAGAGACUGAAAAGAUGUGGAAUUUAGGUUGUUGUAACUUCUGCUAGUGACAGCAAUGAACUCUGCCUGAAGUAAACAGACCUAAAGUUCAGUUAUGUAUAAACGCCGCGGAGUAGAGGACGUCUAUGAGAAAGAUCAUGGGAAGUGGGCUUUGCUUCGUAAUGUUAACCAAGUGUUUCAGCACCACCAUACACUUUUACCGGGGGAUUAUGUCUGGCUGGAUCUCAAAACAGGAAGAGAAUUUGAUGUUCCUGUAGGAGCAAUUGUAAAACUUUGUGACUCUGGACAGAUUCAGGUGGUAGAUGAUGAAGGCAAUGAACAUUGGAUAUCACCUCAGAAUGCCACCAACAUUAAACCUAUGCACCCUACCUCAAUUCAUGGAGUUGAAGACAUGAUCCGCUUGGGAGAUUUAAAUGAGGCUGGAAUUUUGCGCAACCUUCUUAUUCGUUACCAUGAGAACCUGAUAUAUACCAACUGUGGAGGCAGGACUUAUACAGGAUCUAUAUUGGUAGCUGUGAACCCGUACCAACUGCUGUCAAUCUACACUCCAGAGCAGAUUCGUUUAUAUACCAACAAGAAGAUCGGAGAGAUGCCACCACAUAUCUUUGCUAUUGCAGACAACUGUUACUUCAACAUGCAGCGCAAUAAUAAGGACCAGUGCUGUAUCAUUAGUGGUGAAUCAGGUGCUGGGAAGACUGAGAGCACAAAACUAAUUCUGCAGUUCCUGGCAGCCAUCAGCGGGCAGCAUUCAUGGAUUGAACAGCAGGUUCUUGAAGCAAACCCCAUACUGGAAGCUUUUGGAAAUGCCAAGACAAUUCGCAAUGAUAAUUCCAGCAGGUUUGGAAAAUAUAUUGACAUCCAUUUCAACAAAAGGGGUGCCAUCGAAGGUGCAAAAAUUGAGCAGUAUCUGCUUGAGAAAUCUCGAGUCUGCCGACAGGCAUCAGAUGAACGUAACUAUCACAUCUUUUACUGCAUGCUGAACGGAAUGCCUCCAGAACAGAAGAAUAACCUGAGCCUUGGAAAGGCUUCCGAUUAUAAUUAUCUCACCACGGGUAACUGCACGAUAUGUGAUGGUCGAGAUGAUACCAAAGAAUAUGCUAACAUUCGCUCAGCUAUGAAGGUCCUCAUGUUCACAGACACAGAAAAUGCAGAGAUUUCCAAGCUCCUUGCUGCAAUUCUGCACAUGGGAAACUUGCAUUAUGAAGCACGGAUGUAUGAUAACCUUGAUGCCUGCGAGGUGGUCUUCUCUCCAGCACUUACAACAGCAGCAUCACUCCUAGAGGUUGAUGCUAAGGACUUGAUGAAUUGCCUUACCAGUCGUACCAUUAUAACAAGGGGGGAGACUGUUUCUACCCCUCUUAGCAUGGAACAGGCUCUGGAUGUCAGAGAUGCUUUUGUUAAGGGAAUCUAUGGAAGGCUAUUUGUUUGGAUUGUGGAUAAAAUUAAUGCUGCGAUUUACAAACCUCCUUCUCAUGAACUUAAAUUUGUGAGGCGCUCCAUUGGUCUACUGGACAUUUUUGGAUUUGAGAACUUCAGUGUCAACAGUUUUGAGCAGCUGUGUAUCAACUUUGCCAAUGAGAACCUGCAACAGUUUUUCGUUCGCCAUGUCUUCAAGUUGGAGCAAGAAGAAUACAACAUUGAGAACAUUAACUGGCAGCAUAUCGAGUUCACAGACAACCAAGAUGCACUAGACAUGAUCGCUUUAAAACCCAUGAAUAUCAUUUCUUUGAUUGAUGAGGAAAGCAAAUUCCCAAAGGGCACAGACACUACAAUGCUGAAUAAACUGAAUUCCCAGCACAGACUGAAUACUAACUACAUUCCUCCAAAGAAUACUCACGAGACACAGUUUGGAAUCAGCCAUUUUGCUGGUGUGGUUUAUUAUGAAAGUAAAGGGUUUUUGGAGAAAAACAGAGACACCCUGCAUGGUGACAUAAUUCAGCUGGUUCACUCAUCCAAGAACAAGUUCAUCAAGCAAAUCUUUCAAGCAGAUGUUGCUAUGGGAGCAGAAACCAGGAAGCGCUCUCCAACUCUUAGCAGCCAGUUUAAGCGAUCUUUGGAGCUGCUGAUGAGAACCCUCAGUGUCUGCCAGCCCUUCUUCGUUCGUUGCAUCAAACCCAAUGAGUUUAAGAAACCAAUGUUGUUUGACAGAGAGUUAUGCGUUCGACAGUUGAGAUAUUCUGGGAUGAUGGAAACAAUUCGCAUCCGAAGGGCUGGCUAUCCGAUUCGAUACACGUUUGUAGAGUUUGUGGAUCGAUACCGGGUACUGAUGCCUGGAGUUAAGCCGGCAUAUAAACAGGGAGACCUACGUGGAACAUGCGAGAGAAUAGCAGAAGCAGUUUUGGGAAAAGAUGAUGACUGGCAAAUUGGGAAGACCAAGAUAUUCCUAAAGGAUCACCAUGACAUGUUGCUGGAGAUAGAGAGAGAUAAGGCAAUAACAGAUAAAGUCAUUCUCAUCCAAAAGGUUGUUCGAGGCUUUAAGGACAGAUCCAAUUUUGUCAAAAUCAGAAGGUCAGUCAUGAUGAUUCAGAAAUACUGGCGGGGAUAUAUGUGCCGAAAAAAUUUCAGUGCUAUGAAAAUUGGAUUUUUACGCCUUCAAGCACUGUAUCGAUCGCGUAAGUUGCAUAAACAGUACCACGUUGCCCGAAAACGAAUCAUGCGGUUCCAAGCUUAUUGUCGUGGCUUCCUAGUGCGGAAGGCUUUCAGGCAUCGACUCUGGGCAGUCAUCACAAUUCAGUCCUACACCAGGGGUAUGAUUGCACGUAGACUAUACAAACGACUAAAGGGAGAGUACCGUCGCCGACGGGAAGCUGAAAGGCUACGGCUUGUUGAAGAAGAGAAGUUCAAAAAAGAAAUGAGUGCAAAGAAAGCAAAGGAAGAAGCUGAGAAACAACAUCAGAUACGAUUAGCUCAACUGGCAAAGGAAGACGCUGAGAGAGAAGUGAGGGAGAAGGAAGAAGCUCGUCGAAAGAAGGAUCUCUUAGACCAAAUGGAGAAAACCAGACAUGAACCAGUAAAUGACUCGGAGAUGGUGGAUAAAAUGUUUGGAUUUCUUGGAACCACAUCAUCAUUUCCUGGCCAGGAGGGACAAGCUCCUGCAGGAUUUGAGGAUCUAGAAAGUUCACAGAAAGAAAUGGAAGAGGAAGAUCUGGACCAUGCCUUGCCUCUUCCCGAGGAAGAAGAGGAGGAUCUGUCAGAAUACAAAUUUGCUAAGUUCUCAGCAACCUACUUCCAAGGCACAACAACGCAUACUUACGUCAGACGCCCAUUGAAACAACCACUACUGUUCCACGAAGAUGAAGGCGAUCAGCUGGCUGCACUGGCCGUUUGGAUUACAAUUCUCCGUUUCAUGGGUGACCUGCCAGAGCCAAAGUACCACACAGCAAUGAGUGAUGGCAGUGAAAAAAUUCCUGUUAUGACAAAGAUUUACGAAACUCUAGGGAAGAAGACUUACAAAAGAGAGUUGCAAGCCCUACAGGGAGAAGGGGAGAGUGCGCAAAUUGAAGGACACAAGAAAAACAGUGUACGACACAAGCUUGUCUCUUUGACACUAAAGAAGAAAUCAAAACUAACUGAGGAGGUAGCAAAGAGGUUGAAUGAUGGAGAGUCAACAUUGCAGGGAAACAGUAUGUUAGAGGACCGACCCACAUCAAACCUGGAAAAACUGCACUUUAUCAUUGGCAAUGGCAUUCUUAGGCCUGCAUUAAGAGAUGAGAUAUAUUGCCAGAUUUGUAAGCAGCUGACACAGAAUCCUUCAAAGAGCAGCUACGCCCGGGGAUGGAUCCUCAUUUCACUCUGUGUUGGAUGCUUCGCACCUUCAGAAAAAUUUGUCAAGUAUUUGCGGAAUUUCAUCAGUGGUGGCCCUCCCGGUUAUGCUCCAUAUUGUGAAGAGAGACUGAGGAGAACAUUUGCAAAUGGAACCAGAACUCAACCUCCAAGCUGGCUAGAAUUACAGGCAACAAAGUCAAAGAAACCGAUUAUGCUGCCUGUCACGUUUAUGGAUGGAACAACAAAAACUCUUCUUGCCGACUCAGCGACAACUGCCAUGGAGCUGUGUAGUGCCUUAUCCGACAAGAUAAACCUUGUCGACAGAUUUGGGUUUUCACUCUACAUUGCCUUAUUUGACAAGGUCUCUUCUUUAGGGAGUGGUAAUGACCAUGUAAUGGAUGCAGUCUCUCAGUGUGAACAAUACGCCAAAGAACAAGGAGCACAGGAACGAAAUGCACCGUGGCGGCUUUUUUUCCGAAAAGAGAUAUUUACUCCGUGGCAUAAUCCGAGUGAAGACAAUGUGGCUACAAACCUCGUCUACCAACAAAUAGUGCGAGGUGUGAAGUUUGGCGAGUACAGGUGUGAUAAGGAGGAAGACCUGGCAGAGCUGGCUUCAGAGCAGUACUAUGUCGAUUACGGAUCUGAGAUGAUACUGGAGAGGCUUCUGAAUUUAAUACCAUCCUACAUUCCAGACAGGGAGAUCACAGCCUCCAAAACAGUGGAUAAAUGGGCCCAGCUGAUCAUAGCAGCCCAUAAAAAGGGAGUUUAUACUCAGAGAAGGAUGGAUUCUCAGAAGGUGAAGGAAGACGUUGUAGAUUUUGCACGUUUUAAAUGGCCUUUGCUGUUCUCAAGAUUUUAUGAAGCUUUUAAAUUUUCAGGUCCAAGCCUACCGAAGAAUGAUGUAAUUGUAGCUGUCAACUGGACUGGGGUAUACUUUGUUGAUGAACAGGAACAAGUGCUUCUAGAACUAUCGUUUCCUGAAAUCAGUGCUGUCACAAGCAGCAGGGGAGGCAAGCUUCAAGGACAGAGCUUUACUAUGGCAACCAUUAAAGGUGAUGAAUAUACUUUUACCUCCAACAAUGCUGAGGAUAUUCGGGACCUUGUUGUUACUUUUCUAGAAGGUCUGAGAAAGAGAUCAAAAUUUGUUGUUGCACUGCAGGACAACCCAAACCCUGCUGGAGAAGAAUCAGGCUUUCUUAGCUUCCUUAAAGGAGACCUGAUUUUGCUAGACCAAGAUACAGGGGAACAAGUGAUGAAUUCUGGCUGGGCACAUGGAGUGAAUGAAAGAACCAAACAAAAAGGAGACUUCCCAACUGAUUGCGUUUAUGUGCUACCAACAGUCGCUGCACCGCCUGCAGAAAUUGUGACCUUGGUUGUCAUGACACCUGACCAAAGGCAAGAUGCAGUCAGAGCAUUUCAGUUCACCAUUCCAGAGAGUGAUGAGAAGAUGAAACCUUAUACCCUUGAAGAGUUCUCGUAUGAUUACUUCAGGCCUCCUCCAAAGCAUACAUUAAGUCGGGUGAUGAUCACCAAGAAUCGUGGUAAAGACAAACUCUGGAGUUACACACGAGAACCUAUCAAACAGCCUCUCCUCAAAAAAAUCCUGAGCAGUGAAGAACUGUCCCAAGAAGCUUGCAUGGCGUUCAUCUCUAUCCUUAAAUACAUGGGUGACUAUCCAUCUAAACGGAUGCGCUCUGUCAAUGAACUUACAGACCAAAUAUUUGAAGGUGCCUUAAAAGCAGAGCCAAUGAAGGAUGAAAUUAUGUGUCAGAUCCUCAAGCAACUGACUGAUAACCACGUGAAGUACAGUGAAGAGAAAGGCUGGGAGUUAUUGUGGUUAUGCACAGGCCUUUUCCCUCCUAGCAAUGUCCUGCUGCCCCAUGUUCAAAGAUUUUUACAGUCAUGCAAGCAUCAUGUACUGGCAAAUGACUGUAUACAACGGCUACAGAAGGCAUUGAGAAACGGAUCCAGAAAGUACCCUCCUCAUCUUGUCGAAGUAGAAGCGAUUCAGCACAAAACAACACAAAUAUUCCAUAAAGUGUACUUCCCAGAUGACACAGAUGAGGCAUUUGAAGUUGAGUCUAGCACAAAAGCCAAGGACUUGUGCCAGAAUAUAUCUACCAGGUUGCUAUUAAAAUCUCCUGAUGGAUUCAGUCUGUUUGUAAAGAUUUCAGACAAGGUUAUCAGUGUUCCAGAAGGAGAUUUCUUCUUUGAUUUCGUAAGACAUCUUACCGAUUGGAUCAAGAAAGCAAAGCCAAUAAAAGACGGUAUAGUGCCUUCUCUGACCUAUCAAGUGUUUUUUAUGAAGAAAUUGUGGACAACUACAAUUCCAGGAAAGGAUCCUAUGGCUGAUUCAAUUUUUCAUUAUUAUCAGGAGCUGCCCAAGUAUCUGCGUGGAUACCACAAGUGUUCGCGGGAUGAAGUGUUACAGCUUGGCUCUCUGAUCUAUAGGGUGAAGUACGAAGAUGACAAGUCCCAUUUCCCCAACAUUCCCAAGAUGCUAAAAGAGCUGGUACCUCAGGACUUAAUUCGACAAAUGUCACCUGAUGACUGGAAGCGGUCCAUUGUGGCUUAUUUCAACAAGCAUGCAGGAAAGACGAGAGAAGAAGCCAAAUUAGCCUUUCUAAAGAUUCUCUUCAAAUGGCCCACGUUUGGAUCUGCUUUCUUUGAGGUUAAGCAAACUACAGAGCCAAACUUCCCAGAGAUUCUCCUGAUAUCCAUAAAUAAACACGGAGUCAGUCUUAUUGAUCCAAAAACCAAGGAUAUUCUUACCACUCACCCUUUCACCAAAAUUUCUAACUGGAGCAGCGGGAACACAUAUUUUCACAUCACAAUUGGUAAUCUAGUGAGAGGCAGCAAACUGCUUUGUGAAACUUCACUGGGCUAUAAAAUGGAUGAUCUCUUAACGUCUUAUAUUAGCCAGAUGUUGACAUCAAUGAGCAAGCAACGCAGCACAAAAAGCAAUAAGUGAACUGAGGAAAAUCGCUGGCAGUUAGCCUUGCAGCUCAUUCACCAGCUGAAACUAGUUGGCUAUCCCUGCAGCUGGGACAAGUCAUUUUCUGCACAAGCCUGGAGAACAAACAGAAGUCCAUCUCAAAGUUCAUCUGACUCGGACAUUUCGGAGUCUGGCCUUACUUCUCCAUCUAGUGAAGAUGAUUAUUUGUGAAGGCAGGCAGCUAUGUUAUCACAGCAAGAUGGUUGAACUGACUACGACACAGCCGUUGUCUGCCCCACUUGUGUAUCUCUAUCAUCUACUGACUUUGGCUGCAUUCUAGAGUUGCCAUGUUUGGUGCGCCAGAACACAGCUUAUAUACAAAUUAAUAUAAAUUAUGCAUAGAUACAUAAAUAUGUAUAUGCCUGUGUGAGAAUGAAAAAAUACCUAUUUAUAUACCUAUCUGUAUGAAUGUAUAUGUGUGUAUGCGUGGCCUGUGUGUCUUCUACUAAAGUUACAGGAUCACAGAACAGGAUGUGACUCUCACAAUGCGAUUUUCUGUCUUUAACUUUCACAAAUAUCGUUUAUAUAAACCGUAUGACUAGACACUCCCUUAUUUGCUUUAUGUCUCUUUUAUUUCCUUUUCUUCAAUCCUAUCUAACUGAUGAAACUCUAAAAACAUCCUCAACAAACUUGCAUACUGUUCUGUAAGAAGUCUGAUUAUGCAGGACAAAACUGCUGUGUUGUAUUUCAGACUAUGUUGCAUAGCCUUUAUCAUGGUGAAUAUUUACAUCUGGGUCUGUUUUCAUAUAUUUUUUAAAAUGUAUUUAAUGAUAUUUUUUUUCAUUAUUGCAAAUAUUUUAAUGUGAUUACACAAAGUUGAAACAAGAAAGUUGAAAGCUCUCAGCUUGUACAGUUCCAAGUGACUAAAAGUUAAGUCUGAAUAUAUGAACUUUUUAUUUAGGCAUGAUGUGAGUUAUCUGUGCUACAUAUAAAAUGCACCACUGCAUAAAAAAUGUAUGCAUGUGGGAGGCAAUAGUACAGUGCUGCACCCUAACACAUAUACCACAUAAAACUGCAAAAAUGGCUCACAUGCAUACUCAUCUGACUGAUACCUAUAUACUAAAAUAGCCCAAAAAAGCACAAAUACUGGAAGCAGAGUGUCAAUAUAUAACUAAAUCUGUGGUAAAAAAAGAAAUUCAUAAUUUCUACAGGGGAAGACUCCAUACUGUCAGUCUUUUAAUGAAGACAGCUGCAACUCUGGACUUUAUAUAUAAUCAACUCUGAAGUUAUUUUAGCUGAAGACAGGGCAAUAUUCUGAUCCCUGAAACUAUUCCUGAUGAUUGUGUGAUUUAACCAGGUGUACGUGUUGUACAUUUUGAUAUUGUACAAUUGUCUGAAACCAUAAAAUGUUCUUUUUUAAGUGAA